AGGGGCAACUAGGAGAGACGCUUUUGCUCGCACGGGAGGCUCCAUAAUAACACUUAAAGUUACGGUCUGUGUUUCAGGCUGUUGGGAUCGAAGUUGGCAUUAGCCUUGAAUAAGUGACAGUGAGCUUGAGGACACUGGGGACAUGGCGGUGUAUUUUGAUCACCGUAUUGAGGCCCCUGAAAGCAAUGAUGUGCCCUCAAAGCUGACCUGGCACCCAGUUUUACCGAUCCUGGCUGUGGCAUCAGGUAGCCCCUCCACUGGAGGCUGUGUGGACGUCUACUUACAGCAGGGGGAAUAUGCAGAGAGAUGCCAUGUAGAACGGCCCCACCAGAUUGCAGUGCUGCGGUGGCAUCCUAUAAAGCCAGUGUUGGCAGUAAGCUGGGAGAAUGGAGAGGUCCUGCUGCUGAUGCACCCCUUUGGAGAUCAAACAGUCCUGCCCAGCACACACACAGUCUGCAUCACUCUGCUGGAGUGGAGUAGCUCUGGUAGCCUCUUAGUAACUGGGGAUCAGAGUGGAGCUCUUGCAAUAUGGAAAGUAGAUGCCAGAGGGAGACUUCAAGGAAAUUAUACGGUGAAGCAUGAAUACAAACAACCCUUAACUUGCUGUAUCUUCAGACCUUCCUCACCUGGAGAUGAUGUGGCAAAGCUAGCCCGGGCAUCAGUGAGCGGAGAUGAGAGUGCUCUGGACAUGUUCAGUUGGAAGGGAGCGCCUCUUAAGAUGGGCCCACAAGAGGGACUGGCUUUCUAUGUCAGCACUGCAGAUGGUAAGGUUCAUAGUGUCGACGAACAAGGUAAAACAAGCACACUUUUCAGUGUGGAGGGUUCCAUCAAAAAGCUCUUCUUCCUUGAGAAGAGAGAGGCACUUGCUGUUAUCACAGAAACCCUGAUGCUGUCACAGUAUACCUUAGGACCGGAGGGAUCAGCCCAGGAGUUUAUGAAGGUUAAGUUGAGUGGCAAAAGUGGGCAGAAUAUUGACAUUGUUUGGACAGACAAUGGCCUCCUCAUCACAGCAACAGGGGAACAUAUGAUUAGGCUUUGGGAUUUGGACCGAGAUGAAAACUCUAUUUUGUCUCUUGAUGAGGCUGUGGGGUUUGAGAAAGGAGAACUAAUCAACUGUGUUGCAUACUGCUCAGGAAAAGAAAUCAUUACAGCAGGUACCAACCAUGGACGCAUAGCAAUGUGGAGAAUGGUGGUUCAGCCGGGGCGAGGAGAUAAUAAGGCCCAGUGGAAGUUACAGCCUCCCACUGAAAUAGAGGGCAAUGUGACUCAGCUACAGUGGGGCUCGAGCCUUAAUCUUUUGGCAGCCAACAAUUCAAACACAAUCCUGAUCCUGCAUGAGCAUCUGAUGUCCGCCCACUUCAGUCAGCAGAUGGCAGCAGUGCAGCUCACACCAACUCAACUCAGCAUCACUCAGUUCUCCACGGACACACAUCUUGCCCUGCAGUCUGACAUACACAUCAAGGGAGUCUAUGUUACCAAGGAUUCUGUGACAAUCUGGAGUGGCAAGCAAGUGACUGUGUAUGAGAUUUCAGGGAAAACUAUACGCAAUACAGGAUCAUUUUCAUGUGACUCCCAUAUUGUAGCUGUUCAUGGAGAGAGCCUCUACACUGUAGAACCUAACAGAGUCCAGAUCCGCACACCACAGGGCACAGUGAAACAGCUACUAACAUUCCCCAAGGCAGAGGGAAACCCUGUUCUGCUCAGUGUGUGCCAGUCUUACCUGGUGGUGGGCACGGACACAGCGCACAUCAAAGUGUUUGAUCUCUCCCGAAGAGAUGCCAAAGCUCACUGCAGUACUAAGAACCUGACUGACCAGAUUGCCAAUCUGGGAGCCUUGAAUUCAGUCAAAUGUAAUGCCAAUGGUAGCCAAGUCAGCAUCCUAAUCUCUCAGGUAAACGGACGACCCGAUCACAAAGUGUACUUUUACGACGUUGAGAUGGACACUGUGACACACUUUGACUUCUUCACUGGCAGACCGUCCAGUGGUAUCAUGCAAUCUGAGGACAGCGACAGGCAGGAGUUUGAAGGGACAGAGCUCAGUGGUCGCUGUCCAGUAUCUCACUUCUGGGAUGAGAAUGAACCUCGUCUUUUUGUUUGUGAGACUAUACCGAUCAGCUCUGAAUCCUCAUCGUCUAUGUAUUUUGAUGCGGUGGAUGUGUCGGUUGUUACACUGUUCUGCACCCAGGAGCAUGGACUCCUUUUACAGGACUGCUACCCUAAACCAGGAGGCCUCCAGACCCUGCUUGCACUGGAUGUACCCUACUAUUACUUCAGCUGUAAGCUGUUGUAUCGGAGGGGUGGUGUCUUUCAUCCAGAACCUGGUGAGAAAGAUCCAGGGUUGACAGAGCUUUCAGCUACAUCAUCUGCCCCCCCACACCACCCUCAGCCAUCCAGACGGCCAGUGCCUCAUAUUGUCAACAUGGUGUCCAGGCUGACUCUCAGAGACUUUGUGGGCCUGGAGAACUGUGAGAAGGCCACCCGAGACGCUAUGCUCAACUUCAGCUUCUACCUGACCAUCGACAAUAUGGAUGAAGCAUUCAAGUCCAUUAAACUCAUCAAGAGUAAAGCAGUAUGGGAGAACAUGGCACGGAUGUGUGUAAAAACUCGGCGGCUGGAUGUGGCACGAGUGUGUCUUGGGAACAUGGGAAAUGCCAGGGCAGCAAAAGCACUGAAGGAGGCCGAGGCUGAACCUGAAGUAGAGGCCCAGGUGGCCAUGUUGGCCAUUCAGCUUGGGAUGCUGGAAGAUGCAGAAAAGCUGUACAAGAGCUGUCAACGCUAUGACCUGCUCAACAAUUUCUACCAGGCUUCUGGCCAAUGGAAGCAGGCUUUGGAGACGUCAGACAAUCAUGACCGUAUCCAUCUGCGUACCACCUACUACAAUUAUGCAAAAUACCUGGAAUCCAUUGGUGACAAGAACCAGGCAAUUGUAUUCUAUGAGAAUUCAGACACCCACAGAGUUGAAGUGCCAAGAAUGCUGCAGGAUGACACAUCAUCUCUUGAAAUAUAUGUCGACAAAAUGAAAGACAAGAACAUCUAUAAAUGGUGGGCCCAGUAUCUGGAGAGCCAAUCGGAAAUGGACUCAGCGUUGCGUUUCUAUGAAUGUGCUCAGGAUUAUCUCUCACUGGUUCGAGUUCACUGCUACAUGGGGAACAUUCAGAAGGCAUCUGAGAUAGCCAAUGACACGGGCGACCGGGCAGCAUCAUACCACCUGGCCAGACACUAUGAGGGUCAUGAUGACAUCAGACAGGCAGUUCACUUCUACACACGGGCCCAGGCCUACAACAACGCCAUACGGCUUUGUAAGGAGAACGGCUUGGAUGACCAGCUGAUGAACCUGGCUCUGCUCAGUAACCCGGAGGACAUGAUGGAGGCCGCUUGUUACUAUGAGGAGAAAGGCACUCAUAUGGACCGAGCAGUUGCAUUAUACCACAAGGCUGGAUAUGUUUCCAAGGCUCUGGAGUUGGCCUUCGCUACACAACAGUUCUCUGCGCUCCAGCUGAUCGCAGAGGAUCUGAAUGAGAACUCGGACCCUGCGCUCCUGGCACGCUGCUCAGACUUCUUCAUAAAACAUUCCCAGUAUGAGAAAGCUGUGGAGCUUCUGAUAGCAGCCAAGAAGUAUCAUCAGGCCCUAGAGCUGAGUGUGACCCAGAACCUGACCAUCACAGAGGAGCUAGCAGAGAGAAUGACUGUAACUGAGCGAACAGAUUUGUCUGAAGAGGCCCGUAAGAACCUGCUGGAGAGGAUAGCUGACUGCUGCAUGCGUCAGGGGAACUACCAUUUAGCUACCAAGAAAUACACACAGGCAGGCAACAAGCCCAAGGCAAUGAAGGCGCUCCUCAAGUCCGGUGACACAGAGAAAAUAGUAUUCUUUGCCAAUGUUUGUCGUCAGAAGGAGCUUUUCAUCAUGGCUGCCAACUACCUCCAGUCUCUAGAUUGGAGGAAGAGUCCGGAGAUCCUGAAGACUAUUAUUGGUUUCUACACUAAAGGCCGAGCACCAGAACUGCUCGCUGGCUUCUAUGAAGCCUGUGCUCAGGUGGAGAUUGAUGACUAUCAGAACUAUGAAAAGGCUCUGGAUGCUCUGACUGAGGCUUACAAGUGUCUCUCAAAAUCUAAAGACUCUUCAAGUGGAAACCAAGAAGUUCGACUGACUGACCUGCAGCAUCGGAUCACUUUGAUCAAGAAGUUUGUCCAUGCACGCAGGUUGUAUGCGGAGGAUGCUGGAGAGGCGGUGCAGUUAUGUGAAUCUCUGUUGGAGGAACCGGAUUUGGACCCGGCUGUCAGGAUUGGAGAUGCAUAUGGUUUCCUGGUAGAGCACCACUGUCAGCAGGGCCACUUCCAAGUGGCCUAUCGUAAACUGGAGGAGCUACAGAAGUUGUUGCCAUCCCUGAAUCUCCGGUACUACAUCAGCCAGGCCAGCCUAGAAGCCCUGCAAAAAGAGAUGGGAGUAACCAUCGACCGUUAUGAGCGCAGGAACAGCGUCAAGGAGGACGAUGAGGUGGAGGAAGACUUAAACGAGACAUUAAACGAGUCUCACUCGUGAUUCUUCUCUUUUACAGCAAUAUUCACAAAAUUUUGUAUAAGUUUGGAUUCUUCAGACAUGUAUGUGGAUAUGCAAGAGUCUGCACUGUUGCAUUCUGGGAAAUGACAGUGUGUGUCAGUCACAAGUUACAAAUGUUUGACGUGAUGGUGAAAUCUACAACCAUAUAAAAGAAGGCGCUUAGGUUUCACUUAAUGGAAACGUACUGAGGAAAAGAUACAGAAGAAUCUAAGUAAAAACCAUAUGAGGUUAUUUCAGACCUGAUGAUGCUACCUCGCAAAACACUAGUCAGACCUGCAGAAACUGUCAAUUAAUGUGAUCAUUUCUUCACAUAGAAAUAGAGACUCAUAACCUUCCACAUUGUCAGUCUAAUGUCGGGGCCAUGCUUUUAGAAAUGCAUUCAAUCCUUUCACAUGAUUGUUUAACAUAAUUAUCGUUUUUUUGUUUGUUUGUUUUUUUACAACAAAGCCUUAACAUUUGUCAUAUAAGAAGAAUAUGACAAACUACAAGAUAACAAAGAUAAUAUACAUGAAUAAUAAUGAGAUCUGAAAUCCUGUGUUUGUUUUGUCCUUUGUGUUUGAUGCAGACCGUUACAGACUGAUUUUUGCCUUUAUUAUAGUUAAUUUUAUAUUUUCACUGUGACUUUCUUUCCUGUUUUUUCUCAUUCAGUACAAUUUUUUUUUUAUUCAACUAUUGUAUUCAUUGUAAAUAUCACUUGAGUGGAAAAAAAGUGUGUCAAGCCUUUUGCAGAUAUUUUUGAUAAACUGUGAUGCCAUUUUUACACAUAAUCUGAGGGAAUUGAUGUAUUGAUGCAUUACAUUCUUCUCUUCAUAGACAGUAAUUUGUAAGGUUACAAUAAAUAAAGUUUUUUAAAAAUAAUA